GUUUCUCCUGACGAGCUGAUUGAAUCGGGGAUUCGAGGCGCAUGCGACACCAGAAAUUGCCUUGCCUGACCAGAAGGAUCCUACCGAUACCGGAUUAUUGCCCGUAUACGGCACUCCUGCAUCUGGUUUGAGUCGGCCGCGUCCUGUACCGAGGCUUCUUGUGUCAGUCACUUAUUAAACUGGGGAUCUCCUCGGUUCCCCCUCGCCUUGUUGUUGGCUUAUUUUAUGCUGGCAUCCGUCCUGGUCCUGCACUUAGGACCUUCGUAACACCUCUACCUUUUUUGCUAUCUUCCUGUGCUCACCAUCCACAUUACAAACACUGAUCUUCUUGCUGUCGACGGAAAUAUUGCGUGUUCUCUCUCAGCCAUGGCUUCUCCUCAACAGAUCCGUACCCCUCUCACCGAUCUGCUCAAGAUCAACCACCCCGUCCUGCUUGCAGGCAUGAACGUGGCUGCUGGGCCCAAGCUGGCUGCCGCUGUCACCAACGCCGGUGGUCUCGGUGUUAUCGGAGGUGUCGGAUACACGCCUGACAUGCUCCGGGAACAAAUCGAUGAACUCAAGAGCUUCUUGACGGAUAAGAACGCCCCGUUUGGCGUCGAUCUCUUGCUUCCUCAAGUCGGAGGAAAUGCCCGUAAGACAAAUUACGAUUACACCAAGGGAAAGCUCAAGGAACUCGUCGACAUCAUCGUCGAGAGCGGUGCCAAGCUCUUUGUGUCAGCUGUUGGCGUCCCUCCUAAGGAGGUCGUUGACAGACUCCACGGUGCCGGAAUCCUCUACAUGAACAUGAUCGGUCACCCCAAGCAUGUUAAGAAAGCCCUCGAUGCUGGCGCAGACAUCAUCUGCGCCCAAGGAGGUGAAGGUGGCGGGCACACUGGUAAUGUUCCUACUACAGUCCUUAUCCCCACCGUCGCCAAGCUCGUUGAGGGCAAGAAGAGCCCCUUGACCGGUGGACCCGUCCAGGUUGUUGCAGCCGGAGGUUUGUUCAACGGUCAGUCGGUUGCUGCUGCUCUGAUGCUCGGUGCUUCUGCCGUCUGGAUUGGUACUCGCUUCAUUCUCGCUGAUGAAGCUGGUGCUCCAGAGGAGCACCAGGAAGCCGUCCGGACUGCCGGCUUUGACGACACCAUUCGCACCAUCAUCUUUACUGGCCGCCCACUCCGUGUCCGGAAAAACCCCUACAUCAUGAACUGGGAAGAGAGCCGCCAAGACGAGAUCAAGGAGCUCACUUCCAAGGGUAUCGUCCCUGUCGAGCACGACUUCGAAAACCUGAGCGACGACAUUGACGACGAAACCGUUGACAACGCCCGACCAUGGCUUAUGGGCAAGGUCGCUGCCGUAGUCAACGAGAAGAAACCUGCCAAGGCUAUCGUGGAUGAGCUCGUUACAGACGGAGCCGCCUGGUUACGGAAGGGAAACACGCUGCUUGCUAAGCUGUAGUUUUUCUUUUUUUUUCUUUCUUUUCACUGUAUAACUUUGUUUAGUUUUCCUGGUGUUGCUUUUAUCGAUUCUUGGAUAUGAGUGAAGGUUUUGGGAUGGUACAAAAUUACUGGCUUUUCUGUCAGAUUGCUAGUUAAUCAUAGCGAGUGAUAAUCUAUUGUCAAUGAAACCGCAACGCUGAUAAUAUGUAUUCUCCGUUUUAAUGGGCUUGGUUGAGACAAAUGAGUGGUCGUUGCUAGGAGGGAGGCCCAUUGGUAACCCAGGUUGCGGGACACUGCCUU